AUGGGCGCGUGUCAGAAGUCGUCGCUCAGCGGAUUCACGUCGUCCGUGGACCUCUCGGGCACAGGUCUCAUUCUCCACUGGAACGUGGUGGCGGCGGGCGGCACGCAGCUGGACAUGGCGCUAGAAGCCAAGGGCGCGACGCUGGCGGGCGGGUGGUUCUCCGUGGGGUGGUCGCCGGACGGCAGCAUGGUGGGCAGCGACGCGGUCAUCGUGACGCCGGGCGGCACGCCGGAGUACGACGCGUAUGUGAUGACGGCGCAGACCACGGCGGGCGUCGCGACCACCACGACGUUCACGCUCGGCACCGCUCCGAGCUUCACUGUCAACGCCGGGACGAACGCCGUGCUCACCUUCUCGCGGUCGACGGGCGACGGGGGAGCAGUGCCGGUGAACGUGGCGGGGAGCAACUACAUGGUGUGGGCCUACUCGGCUGACGGCACCGCCACACUCGACAACCACGGCCCCGACAACCGGGGGAGUCGCAGCAUCGACUUCACGUGUGACGGCACCAAGGUGGCGUCCAUGUGCCCCGCCUCCACGCUCACGGGCUAUGACUACCAGACCAACCUCGGCGGCAACAAUCUCAUCAUGCACUGGAAGGCAGCAGCAGCGUCCGCAAUCGACUUUGCCCUGGAGGCCAAGGGCACAGUCGCCAGCGGAUGGGUGUCCAUGGCAGUGGGGGCGAGCUCUCGCAUGUCACCAUCCAAUGCCGUCAUUGGCAACCUGGCGGCCGGGGCCGUGGGCGCGUAUGCCAUCACGUCUACCAGUGCAUCAGGAGUCAACCCGGGGAGUUUCUCCAUCGGCACUGCUGCCACCACCACCUCUCCGUCCGGCUCCACGCUUGUCACGUUCACGCGCACGCAGGGAUCGGGGCGCAUCAACGUGAACGGCGGGAUCAGUGCUAGUGGACCUGUCGUGCCGCACCGCACCAAGCCCGAGUGCGUGAAGCGCAAGACCUCACACUUCCACCUCUCCUUGUGUGUUUCUCUGUUUGUGCUGCUCUCUGUGUCUCGUGAUGCCGCAGGGGGUCCCUGCUGA